AUGACACCCACAAACCCCGACGAAACAGUCCAGUUCCUCUUAAGCUGCAUCCGCUACUCAAACAGCGGCAAGGUGGACUUCAGUGAAGUCGCCAAAGAAUGCAACAUCGUCAGCAAAGGAGCCGCCGCAAAACGCUACGAACGCUUGAUCAAGGCCUACAAUGAAGUAGCGAACGGGACCACGACCUCUACCACGACCACCACCGGAUCCGAAGCCGACGCGGCAAUAGGUUCUCUAGACUCUACUCCCAAGAAAACCAAACCUGCCAAGGCUGGUCCUCUUAAGAAGACCAAAGCCAAGCAGGCGGGCGAGUGUGAGAGCUCGAGUUCACCCGCGAAGCGCAAGCCUGCAGGGGAGGGUAGCAAGACCGGAACCAAGAAAGUCCGGGUGACGAAGGAGACUGUCGUUGUGAGCGCAGAGAGACUGGUUGAGCAGAGGUUGAGCCCUGUGAAAGAGGAAGAGGUGUCCGAUGCUGAAGAGCAGGGUUAUGCGACUGCUGUCGACAGUGAGACCCUGUUUGACCAGUUUUGA